CGUCGUCGGUUCUACUCUUAAAAUGCGAUAACGGAUCCAUUACGUGUGUAAACAUUUAAGUAGCGUGCGCGUCGCCAAACAAAAAUAGUAAUCAAUUUCUAUGAGAGCGACUUUAAAACUUGAGAGGUCAUUAUAUCGUUGGAGGACCGUGCUAAGAGCCGCUACUUAGCAGUUCGAGUUUAAACUUUAAAGUGUUUUUGGGUUCAGAUAGAGUCAACAUGAAAAUCGAGUGGGCUCCCAUUGAAGUUCCCAUGGAACGACGUCGGCAGAUGUUUGCCAUGGCUUUCUUCAUCCUGUUCUUCAUGAUACUUUCGUUUGGAUCUUAUAUUCUUGUGGCUGCCCUGCUGAUCUAUGGAAGUCUAAUGUGGCGGACAUUGAUGCUCGUUUACUUGGUGUACGUCUAUGUGGAUCACAGAAGGACCCACUCCAUUAUGGACGGCAAUGGGUGGAAGAUUAAUCGCAAUAAUUGGCUGUUUCGGCACUAUCGUGAAUACUAUCCCGUGCAGCUGGUCAAAACCGCAGAGCUGCCUCCGAAUAAAAACUAUAUUUUGGCCAGCUUUCCACAUGGAAUUCUGGGGACUGGCAUUUCCAUUAACAUGGGUCUAGACAUCUCCAAGUGGCUAGAACUAUUCCCGCAAGUGCGGCCCAAAGUGGCCACUUUGGAUCAGAACUUCCUUACGCCCAUUGUGCGUGGACUCUUGAAAUCUUGGGGUUUAGUUUCUGUAUCCAAGAAGGCUCUGGUAUAUUUGCUUACCAAGUCUAAUGAUCCCAAACAUAAGGACAAUAGAGAUGGCUUCACCUCCAAUGCAGUAGCUAUUCUGGUGGGCGGUGCCCAGGAGGCACUUGAUUCGCAUCCUGGUCAAUACAUUUUGACUCUGAAGAACCGCAAGGGUUUCGUCAAAAUGGCCAUUCGAACGGGGUCUUCGAUUGUGCCAACCUUUUCUUUUGGCGAAGUGGAUAUUUUAGAUCAGGUUGCCAAUCCACCAAACUCCGCUGUUCGUCGUUUACAAGAUUUCGUAAAGAAAAUUACUGGAGUUUCUCCACUAAUUCCUCUGGGUCGAGGCAUAUUCAACUACAGUUUUGGUAUUUUGCCUAACCGUCGACGAAUCGUUCAAGUUGUUGGUUCUCCCAUCGAUGUGGUAAAAAGCGAUCAGCCGGAUGCAGCAUAUGUGGAUAAGAUACAUAAACAGGUCAUCGAGGACCUGGAGAAGAUGUUUGCCCAGUACAAGGAUCUGUACAUACCAAAUGUCAAGCAAACCAAGCUUAUCAUUCAUUAGUCUAAGCUAAACUGUUAUAUUUAAUUUUAAAAAAAUGUGAUUGAAAAAUGCUUUGUAAGCAUUUAAUAUAAACAAAGUUACUCGUCCUA